AUGAACUACGUGGUACGACGACACGGUGCUGAUUUCGCAAACGGUACGCACAUCGUACGUAAGGACGCCGUGGUUGGUCAAGGUGGUACCAGGAUGUUGUGGUGGCGCGGCGGCAUCGCGGGGUAUGUAUGUGUGGAUGAUGCAGGUGUGCCGGGUUCGGUCCUCGAUUAGGG